UAGGAUUGAAAAGCUAGUCGUGGUAUCUUACUCUUUGCGAACACCAUCAUCAUUUAAUGCUGUGGAAGAAUGAGCCAAUGAUCAGUGUGAUCUAUCGAAAUUGUUCAAGAGAGCUUCCCGGUGACUUUUCCACAGUUUGACGAGUACCACCUACCCCUUGCUGAUUCAAUUACCGCGUAAUUUCUUUUUUGGUGGGGUAUACAGCCCAAUACCUUUGUUUAUUUUUUCUCUUUCUGUACAUCUCUUUCGCCCGUAAACCAUGUAUAUAUCUCGUGCACUUGGGUUCGUAGCUGCUCAAGCUACUCGUGCUCAAGCUAGAAACUCUGCCAGACUAGCAGCCUCUCAAAUUAGAACAUAUGCCUCUGCCGCCGCUGCCGGUAAAAUUCGUUCUGUUAUCGGUGCCGUCGUCGACGUCCAAUUCGACCAAGAUAAUUUGCCUGCUAUUUUGAACGCCCUUGAAGUUCAAAACCAUGCCGGUGGUCGUCUUGUUCUCGAAGUUGCUCAACAUUUGGGUGAGAACACCGUGCGUACUAUUGCUAUGGAUGGUACAGAAGGUCUUGUUCGUGGACAGGAAGUUGUAGAUACCGGAGCUCCCAUCACUAUUCCAGUUGGUAAGGAAGUCCUUGGUCGUAUCAUCAACGUUAUCGGUGAACCUAUUGAUGAACGUGGUCCUAUCAAUGCUAAGGCCACCCGUCCUAUUCACGCCGAAGCUCCCGAAUUUGUUGACCAAUCCCCUACUCCUGAAAUCCUCGAAACUGGUAUCAAGGUCGUCGACUUGUUGGCUCCUUACGCCCGUGGUGGUAAGAUUGGUCUUUUCGGUGGUGCCGGUGUUGGUAAGACUGUCUUGAUUCAAGAAUUGAUUAACAACAUUGCUAAGGCUCACGGUGGUUACUCCAUUUUCUGUGGUGUCGGUGAACGUACUCGUGAAGGUAACGAUCUUUACCAUGAAAUGAUUGAAACUGGUGUCAUUCAAUUGGAAGGCGAUUCCAAGUGUGCUUUAGUUUUCGGUCAAAUGAAUGAACCCCCAGGAGCCCGUGCUCGUGUUGCUUUGACCGGUUUGACCAUUGCCGAAUACUUCCGUGAUAAUGAGGGUCAAGAUGUGUUACUUUUCAUUGAUAACAUUUUCCGUUUCACUCAAGCUGGUUCUGAAGUGUCUGCCCUUUUGGGCCGUAUUCCUUCUGCUGUCGGUUAUCAGCCUACUCUUUCCACUGAUAUGGGUGGUAUGCAAGAACGUAUCACUACUACCAAAAAUGGUUCCAUUACUUCCGUCCAAGCUGUCUAUGUCCCUGCUGAUGACUUGACCGAUCCUGCUCCUGCCACAACUUUUGCUCACUUAGACGCCACUACUGUCUUGUCCCGUUCUAUUGCUGAAUUGGGUAUUUACCCUGCUGUUGAUCCUCUUGAUUCCAAGUCCCGUAUCUUAGAUCCCCGUAUUGUCGGUGAAGAACACUACAAGGUCGCCACUGAAGUCCAACAAAUCUUGCAAAAUUAUAAAUCUCUCCAAGAUAUUAUUGCUAUUUUGGGUAUGGAUGAAUUAUCAGAAGAAGAUAAGUUGGUCGUCGAACGUGCCCGUAAGAUCCAACGUUUCUUGUCUCAACCUUUUGCCGUCGCUCAAGUUUUCACUGGCUAUGAAGGUCGUCUUGUCAAAUUGACUGACACCAUUCGCUCAUUCAAGGAAAUUUUAUCUGGUAAGCAUGAUGCUUUGCCCGAAUCUGCUUUCUAUAUGCAAGGUGAUAUCAGUGAUGUUCAAAAGCGUGCUGAAGAACUCGCCAAGGAAAUGGGUUCUCAAUAGAUUAACGGCUAAAUCAACUAGCUCUCUAGCGCCUUUAAUUUAUUCAAGUAAAGAUACAUUUUUCCAAAUCAAACAAAAAAAAAGAAAAAAGUACUGUAUAUGUAGCAUGUGUGUUUAAAAUGUGUGUGUGCGUGCGUAUAUUGUGUCGCUGCGUUA